AUGUUUGGCAAACUCUUUGGCAAGUCAACACCCGCAGCUCCCCCCGCCCCCCCAGCGCCGCCUUUAGCACCGGACGAUCCGCCGCUGCCUCCGCCAGCAGCUCCUCCACCACCUGGACCGAAUGCACCCACAAUUCCGAAAAAUCAAGCCCCAGCUCCAACCGCUGUGUUUGAGGUGGUUGGAGCUCCAAAAGAGCCGCCAAAACCACCACCAACCACCCCUCCAGACGGUACGGACCACUCACCACAGCCCCCUCCAGCUCCUCCAGCGAAAGCUGUGCAGAAAGCCUCCUCUUGGUUCGGAUCCUUCUUCGGCUCGAAGGCUCCAAAAGCACCUAGUCCACCACCACUUCCUUCGGUGCCCCCACCUCCUGGCGACGCGCAAGUAUCUGCACCUGAGUCCAAAGCAGCGGGACCUGCUCCACCCACACUUCCAGCCCCGGCACCAGCAUCCAUCUCCACUUUGCCACCUGGCUCUCAGCACGCACCUGCAGCCCCUGCAGCCCCUGCAGCUCCUGCCGCUCCUGCCCCUGCUCCAGUCCCCACAUCGGUCCCAACAAUUCCUGCACCCGCCCCAGUACCUGGCCCCAGUGCUGCAGCUCCAGCUGCGACGCCCAGCUUGCCGCCAGUGGUGACCCGGCCUGCCCCCGAGCGCCUGCCGCCGCCCACCACGCAACCAUCCCAACUCCAAGUGCAGCCGCCCCCACGGCCAGGGCAAGCGCAAGACCCCAGCCAAGCUCAGGUUGCGCCUUUACCAGCACCGGCAGCUCCUCCACUGAGCACACUCGCGCCACCUAGCCGGCAAGCCCAAGUGCUUCCUCGGCGGCCACCCGAAAUUCGACCGGUGGACCUCGAGGAAGCAUGGCAGAGUUGGCUUUCUUUGAAGCAGGAUCGCCGUUGCUUGGGUCCAACACCACCGGCUCAUGGAGCCAUGGGCCACGAAGAGUCCAGACUCUAUGUCCUGCGAAUGACUGCCGUGGGGGAGAUUGAGGUCCCAAUCGCUGCCAACGGUACUUUGCAGAAGGCGGCACUCGCCCGCUUGGCACGUGCUGCGGAGGAAGAGAUGCCGCAGGCGCUGUCAUUGCAGAUCCGGCUCUCACUUCUGUACACCCCUCUGGGCGGGAGGCCGGAACUCUACGGCUAUAGCUUCUCGUGUUCUCGGCUGCGGGUUCAGCGGGUCCAGAGCCGUUUGGCAAGCAACGCCAGUGAGGGCAUGGUCGUGGUUCAUGCUAUCGCAGAGCCACCGUCUCUUUUCUUUUUCAGAUCUGCCGUCGCCAGCAAAGAAGUGCAAGUUCUGGCUGAAGUGUUGGCCUUCGAGGAUGCUCCCAAGAAGCCAGCAGUUGGAUCGACAGUCCCAGCAAGCAGGAUCUGGAAGCUCGCAGUACCAGUCGCAAAGGCAAAGCCGCAGCCCAAGGCCCAGGCGAGGGCCAAAGCCAAGUCAGGAUACGGUUCCUCCACUGCGAACCCCGAGCAAUCACAAACUCAGACAGACCAGCCCUUCAAACCUUUGGGACCUUCGCCCGGGGGGAGAGCAGAGUCUGCCUGGCCCCUUUCCGGUGGAACCUAUCCGGCGCCACUCUAUGCGGAUCCGCCUCCUGAGUGCGUACUGGCCUGGGCGUUGCUCCGCUUCGACUUGGCCACCGAGUCGCGCAGCCCCUUGAAGGCCGAGCUGCGACCGGGGAAGCUUCGCGAGCACUUGGCGAAGAACGUUCCAGGGAAGAGCACUGCUGCCGCAGAGGCAGAGUUAAGCCGCCUUUUUGCGGCAACAUUCAAGGCGAAGCAGCCGCCCUUGCUGGAGUGUGAUGUUCAGGUGAUCCCUUUGGAUGAUGCACCUCGUCGCUUGUUACCACAUGACUUUCCUGCAGUGACAGAAUCUCAACGCAUGGGCGGACUCGAAGUCAUCGAGGAUGUGUCCGGGCUGCAGAUCGAGGGAGCUCUCAGUGCCAAUGCUCUUGACCCCGACGUGACUGUCAGAGGGCUUCUGGUGACUCUGCCGGAUGCCGGCUGGAUGGAGAGCUUCCUCAGGUCGGUCCCACAGCCGCCGCAGAUGGCCGGUGUGCCUACCAGCGUAGCUUGGGAGCUGCAGGAACUUCACGUCUUGGUCGGUUCUCACAACACGCUGCGAUGGCUAGACGAACCGCUGCGAGGUCUCACAGCAGGCAUGGCUGCACACUAUCCUUUGGAUGACACGGGCCACACGUGGCGGCUGAAGCUUGACAAGCUGGAGGACGGCCAGCGGUUCUGGUUUGGUGGUGAGGUUCCCGUGGAAUUUGUGUGCCACCCCGACUGCGCGCUUAUCGUGGAACUCGUGGCCGUGCUCCGCGCACCUGGUGCGGCUGCACCACCUGUGCAGACCACACAGGCCGCGGCGACACCGCUUCUGGCCGACCCCGGACAACCCCAGGAUCUACUGCAGAAACAGACACUGGGAUGGUUGCUUCUGCUCCCGUUCUACCAAACGACGAGUGAGGGGCUGCUGAAAGCGGCCGCAGUGUCUGGUGAACGUCCCUGUUUGGCCUUCGAUGUGCAGUUUUUCGGGGGGCCGGGCUUGUCCAUGCUUGCCGAGGAGGCAGUUCCACCGUCCCUGGCACACCAAGUGUUCUGCCAGCAGGAUUUCAUGCAGCUUUCAGCUUUGUGGCGACCGCCUGAUACAGUCACAGCCUCGCGGACGCCAUCAGACGCCUCUAAUGCCUCCUACGAAUGCUUUGGCAACUUGGUUCCACCUGCGUUGAGGGAACCGCCGCCCAAGCCAAUGCCGUCGGUCUCGCCACAGACGGCACUGGCGGUGCCAGCUGCACAGGGUCUUCCUUACACACCUCCGCAGUUGGCUCCAACUCAGCCAGCAAGUGCUCUGCCAGUGCCUGUGCAGGUGCCAGGGCAAGCCAAGGGCCUGGCUGUUUAUCAGCCAGCUCUGGCACCUGCUUCGAUGGUGGUCCCAGCACCUGCACCAGCACCAGCACCCGUGGUGGAGAAGAUCUACCUGCGAGAUCAGGCGGUGCAGAGCGAUCCACCAGCGAUUCAAGGUGUCGACGACAACUUCAUCGGUGAUGCCAAGCCCAAAGCAUCCUCCGUGGCCACUGAAACCGCCCCUCCCGCCCGGCCACUCAGCGCCGUGGACAAGGCCAACCUGCUGCAAGGCACCGGCGGUGCUGGAUUCAAGCCGCCCGGGCCAUCCGUGCCCGCAGGUGAGAGUGUGCCUCCCAAGCGUGAGCUCCGCUGGAAAUUCGAGGAUGAGGACAUGCUUCAAGCAGACGAAAUGUCCUUGGAGCUCCUCACGCUGCGCAGCUUCAUGCCCACAGACGGGGAGCGAAUCUACUUCCAGUUGCGCUUUUUCCAGUUUCCACCGGUGAGGACGGUACCAGCAGCAUUGUCUGGCAAGCCAGGGGAAGCCUGCCUCUUGCGAAGUGCCGUCACCAACGAGCGGCUUGCCAUGGUCUUUCACAUGGACGGCUAUGUGAACGGCUCGGUGGCCACUUCCGCAGCAUCCGUGCAUCGUCACUUGGUGAAUUAUCUCAGUGCCCGCAGUGCGGACAUCGAGAUUUGGAGCGCCGAAUCUGGCAUGCAUAUCGGGUCGACAUCAGUACCUCUUGAGAUGUUGGUCAGGCAAGGACAUCAAGUUGCGAAGGUGGAGGCUGAAUACGCGGUUCUGGAGCCUUUGUCAGGCGAGCCCAAGGGAACGCUGCGGAUGCUACUGGUAAAUCGUGGCCGCACACCCACUCCGUACCAGCACUUAAACUCCAACAACCUCCCUUCACCACCUCCAGACGACAAAGGCCCUCAGCCACCCCCUGCACCUUCUCCUCCUCGUGGAAGGACCCGCCACAAAGUGUCAGCUCUGAUCGAGCCUGGUUCAGAGCUUCAUGGUGCACAAAACCUUACAGGCCAGGCCACCGUGGCUGAAGAGCUCAGCCAGCGGAAGCACGAGAGGCUAAAGCAGCUGCGCAUGCUUCGCAAAUCAGAUAUGCAAGCAGAUCCUUUUUCCAACCACUCUGUGCUUCUGGCGGCAGCAGAGUCUGCCCGACAGGAGCGCAAGAAACAAGAGGUUGCGAGAAGGAUGGACCGCUUCAACACGACACAGCAGUCUCUCACCGCGAGUUUUGCUACUCCUUCAUAUUUCUCAGUGGACUUCACCAAUCCGUAUGGGCAGCAGGCAGUCUUCUCGGUCCUGGUGACUGGGGAGAAGCCGCGAGCACCGGAAGUCUUGCCUGCCGUGCCCCCACAGCAGCCGCUACAGGGCGUUCUCAUGGAGAUGCCCGAGCAGGCCUUGAUGCUGGUCAAAGACCCAGAGGAAAGCAUCAGCAACUUGAUCGCAGUUACAUGCAUUUACCUCUAUCCGCAGAGCGCCGAGCGGGCCGAGGCUCCUCCUAGCGGCCUCCGCUUGGCCGAUGUGGCCGCGGUGGUGGCAGGGCCAAGCAGAAAGGAUUUCCGGGUAGAGGUGGCUUUGGAUCAUGGUCCCGUGAUGCGAUGCGUGGAGGUGUCGGUUGUUUCCCAGCCCACCUCAAUCGACCGGACGGUGCGCUUCUUCGAGGCUGAGGGCACCGCGGCCGAGAAGGCGAGACUCCUGAAACCGCCUCGCUUUGCUGGACCGGUGCAAGCUGCAAGGCAGUGGCACUGCCGCCGUCACCGGACCCGCUUGGAUUCCAAGCAAGAUGCACUGUCUGUGGCUUUGGGGCACUGGCGGUCCGAGGUUCAUGUGCAGCGGAAGGAACAGGAUGAGGUCUCCUUGCGCUUCAUCGCUCCUCAAUCACCCAACGUGUUGUCCUUCUUCCUGGUCUUUUACGCGGAUCCGCAUUUUAGCCAAGUUGCCUUGGCCUCCUUUGAGAGUCUGAGUUCGCCUCCGGUCAUUGCCAAUUUCCUGCUUAGGCUAUGUCGAGAUGUCAGUACCAGGCCCUACCCGGCAGAAUCCCGCAACCGCAUCAAUGAGGUGGAUCCGCGCUAUGGGGUGAAGUUCACAGUUCUGAUCACGUCCAUGCAGGUUGGAAGUCGCGCCUGCCGCUUGCAUGCUGUUGAUCCUGCGAUGCGGCGACUCGUUGCUGCACUCCUUGUCGUGGUCGCAGCAGAUCCUCCAGAAGUCAAGAUGGUGCACAGCAUCACUCUGCCCGUCCUAACCGCCGUCCGCAAGCGCCUCCUUUACAAGAACGAGGCAGUCCGGCCAAUCAAGUACAUCGUGCGAUGUUCCGAACCAGCCCUGGUGACAGUGCAGUCCCCAGAGCUGGUCAUCAAUUCACUGGACACGCGAUGCAUCGAACUCUUGUUUCAUGCCGUUCCUGCUACGCUGUCCUACAAUGCGGCCCAUGCACUGGUGACCGCAGCGCGAGGCUCCAGGCAGAUGCUGAGCAGUAAUUCGCUGGCGGCAUCGCUAGGUGCGGACUAUGCUGCGCCGCACACGCGAUCUACACCGCCCGGACCACCUCCACCGCAGUUCCCGCGGGCCCCGGCGGCGCCGCCCAGCUAUGGCACCCGAGCAGCGAGCACGGGCUUGCCAAGAAGACCGCUUAGAGCACCGGCCGGUGGGCGACAGAUGUCCGCUAAAACGACAGGGCGCAGGCGGCUGCUACCCAAGAUCAACCGAAGUGAUCCUCUUGCGGAUCCUCCAGCUCUGACGGAGUUCGAUCUGCAGGCCGGCCUUUUGGAUCUCGCCGCUCGUGGCUUCAUCCCUCCGGCAGCGGACCUGACGCCGGCGAUGGAGCGAGGCAUGCCGUGCCUCAUGCAGCGGCCGGCUUUGGUCUACGACCAGGCGCUGAAGGGGGAGCGGCAUGACCUCAGAGCCGAGGACCUGGCCAAGGUGAGGCUGGAUCUGCGAGAACAUGUCCUUCGGACUCUGGGGCCUCCAGAGGAUCCACCCAGCUCAGAGUUUUCACAGGCCCGUACUUCCCAGUUACCGCCUCUGCCCGCGCUUCCCGCCCCGCCUCAACCGGCGCCUGGAUCUGUGGCAGAGGCUUACGGAACUUUCUGUACCGAGCUGCUGGAUGCAGCCGGAGACGACUCUGCAGUUCUGGAGGCUGUCUCAGCAUUGCCUGCCGGUCCAACGAAGGCCGAAAUCCAGGAUGCAGCAGCAUCACUUAUAGCAGCGGCGUGGCGCAUGGCAGCACAGCGAAGGAGGUAUCUGGAGCUGCGGACCACGCACAGGGCAGCUCGUUGCAUUCAAUCUGGCUGGCACACCUGCUUGGUGAGAAGCGCCACUCGGCAAGAGCUGAUGCGGCGUGAGGAGGAGGAGCGAAAGCUGCAAACAAUGAUGAUGUAUCAGAUUGGUCAGGACUGGUUUCAGGCGAAAGCAAUGCGCCGGGUCGAGGUUCACAUCUGCUCCUUGAGCAUCUCAGAGCAUCGACGCCGGCGCAUGGAUGGCUACCAGGUCAUGCAAGCUGCCCAGAUCGCUCGCAUCUUCCGCCUGGCAGAUGCCAAACGGGAUAUCAUCUUAGUGGCUCCAAAGCACAUUCACGAGGAUGUGCUGGACUAUUACUCCAAGAUCAUGCAGUUUAGGGGCAUACAGAAUCCUCCUGGUCGAUUUCAGGUCGUGGUACCGGAAAACAUCGACCUUAAGGACAAGAUGUCUCUUACACAGGCCCUCCUGUGUUCGCCGAAGGCGCUGAAGCGUGUCCGAAGACUGGUCAGCAACCGCAUGGCGAUGCUGAUUCCGGAAGCGGUCACUCAUGUCGAGGCGAAGCUCAGUUGUGCUCUGAGGCUGCCUCUUAUAGGCCCCAGCUCGAGGAACAUGUCGCUCCUGGCAUCGAAGUCCAAUGCCAAGAAGCUGAUCCAGCUGGCCCAGCUGCCAGUGGGGCCGUGGGCGGUGGAUAUCUACGAUGAGGAUGAAUUCUUCACCUGCCUUGCUGGGCUCGUGAUCAAGCACCCAAAGGUGCGGACGUGGCUUUUCAAGAUCGACGACGAGAGGGGCUCCAGGGGCACAGCCUACAUCGACCUCCACAAGCUGCACCAGGUCCAGCAGAGCGUCAACGCUUCGGCACCGGCGCUUCUAGGUCAAGGCCCUGAUGGUUUGGGUGCCACGGCUGCCGAGGACGAGGAGCCUGCCAUUAUCGGUGCCGAUGCCACUGAGGUUCGUGCCACGCUGCAGCAUCACGUGCCGAAGAGGGCUGUCCUUUGUCAUCGGCAGGUGUACGGAGACUUCGCCUCAUGGCUAGCAGAAGCUUGCCAUAUUGGCUGCGUCAUUCAGGCUGCGCCUGAGAACAUGAUCUCCCAGACCAGCGUGCAUUUCCAAGUUGCGCCAGAUGGCGCUAUUGACAUCCUCGGUACAUCGGAGGCUGUUAUGAGCACCCCCUUCGUGCGAGCUGCCUCCUGGUACCCGCACUCACGAGGAAGCUUUGAGGUUCUUCAGGAAGUGGGCUAUCGACUCGGCCGCUGCCUGGCAGCCAAGGGCUUCAUGGGCUUUGCAUCGGCUGAUGUGGUGUUCUUUGACAACCCAGAGUUUGAUGCCAACGAGCUCGUGUCGGAGCCUCGCGAGUCGACGCCUGCAAUCAUCGGCAGCGACACGCCAGUGAACCCGGAGGACCUGAUGUUUGGCAACCUCCGGUCACCGUCGCCUGACAUAAGCAUGGAGAACGGCGACUUUCGCCCGUCGGCAGACAGCUUGCCUGAAAGUAGGCAGGCAGAUUACAAUGCUGCGCUUCAGGUUCACGAGGAACAGUUGAAGCGGGAGAACCAGUCCUUCGAUCCUGUGAGCCUCAUGCUGGGCGGGCCCGAGCAGGGUGCUGGCUCGACGUUGAGCCCUUUCGCUUGCUGGGUGGUCGAUGUGGACGCGCGCCUGACGGACGAGGCUGCGAUGCUCUUCCCGCUGAAGUUCAUCGCCCAGGUCAAGCAGGAUCCCAUGCACGGGCUCAUGCUGUCGGAGGCGCAGGAUUCGGAUUUCAAGGCUCAUCAGGAGCUUACGGAGGAGGAAAGAAUCCUGCGCUCUCAACGCUGGGCAAUGGUGAACUGCGUUGCGUUGGCCCCACAGCUGGAAAAGAUGAGUCACCAGGUGCUGUUUCAGGCAGCGAAGAUGCGCGGCGUUUCCUUCGACCUGUUCCACAACGUCGGGUGUGUCUUCACGUUCCUUGAUGUGGUACACAAGUUAUUCUCUUUGAUGGUGGUCGACAAGACACCGGAACAAUGUGCAAAGAAGAUGUCUGCAUCUCUUGCGGCGAUUGCAGAAG